AUGACCGAGGAGAGCUCCGAGGUUCCCAGGGAGCUGACAGAAAGCAUAAAGGAUGUUAUUGGCAGAAAGAUAAAAAUUGCAGUGAAGAAGAAAGUAAAGUUGGAAGUUAAGGGAGACAAAGUUGAAAACAAAGUGCUGGUGCUCACAUCAUGCCGAGCCUUCCUUGUAACAGCACGGAUCCCUACCAAGCUCGAGUUAACCUUCAGCUACUUGGAGAUUCACGGUGUCAUCUGCAACAAGUCAGCUCAGAUGGUGGUGGAAACUGAGAAGUACAACAUCUCCAUGAAGAUGGCAUCGCCCGAGGACGUGAGCGAAGUGCUGGCCCACAUCGGCACCUGCCUGCAGAGGAUAUUUCCUGGCCUCUCCCCAGUGCGAAUCAUGAAAAAAGUCUCCAUGGAGCCAUCUGAGCGACUGGCCAGUCUCCAGGCUCUGUGGGACAACCAGACCGUGGCCGAGCAGGGCCCCUGUGGUGGAUUUUCUCAGAUGUAUGCCUGUGUUUGCGACUGGCUUGGAUUUUCAUACAGAGAAGAAGUACAGUGGGAUGUGGAUACAAUUUAUCUGACGCAAGACACCAGGGAAUUGAAUUUACAAGACUUCAGUCAUCUUGACCACAGGGACCUAAUCCCCAUCAUUGCUGCUCUGGAGUACAAUCAGUGGUUCACAAAGCUAUCUUCUAAGGAUCUGAAACUGUCCACCGAUGUCUGUGAACAGAUCUUGAGAGUGGUGAGUAGGUCCAGUCGGCUGGAGGAAUUGGUGUUGGAAAACGCCGGGCUCAGAACAGAUUUUGCCCAAAAACUGGCCAGUGCUCUAGCGCAUAAUCCCAACUCAGGACUCCACACAAUUAACCUUGCUGGCAACCCACUGGAGGAUCGAGGUGUGUCCUCUUUAAGUAUUCAAUUUGCCAAACUCCCAAAGGGAUUAAAGCAUUUAAAUUUAUCUAAAACCUCAUUAUCACCUAAAGGGGUGAAUAGCCUUUCUCAGUCACUCAGUGCCAACCCGUUGACUGCCACCACCCUUACCCAUCUCGACCUCUCAGGGAACGUCCUUCGCGGAGACGACCUCUCGUACAUGUACAGUUUUUUGGCCCAGCCAAAUGCCAUUGCUCAUCUGGAUUUAUCCAAUACAGAAUGUUCCCUGGACAUGGUCUGCGCGGCUCUUCUCCGGGGAUGCCUCCAAUAUUUAGCUGUGCUCAAUCUCUCCAGAGCUGUCUUUUCUCACCGGAAAGGAAAAGAAGUACCCCCGUCCUUCAAACAGUUCUUCAGUAGCUCUCUGUCUCUGAUGCAGCUCAACCUUUCAGGCACAAAACUGUCUCCUGAGCCGUUAAAAGCACUGUUGCUGGGCCUGGCUUGCAAUCAUAACUUGAAGGGGGUUUCUCUUGAUCUCAGCAAUUGUGAGCUGAGAUCAGGAGGUGCACAAGUAUUAGAAGGCUGCAUCGCCGAAAUCCACAACAUCACCAGCUUAGAUAUCUCUGAUAAUGGUUUAGAAUCUGACCUAUCCACCUUAAUAGUGUGGCUCAGUAAAAACAGAUCAAUACAACACCUGGCAUUAGGCAAAAAUUUUAAUAAUAUGAAAUCCAAAAAUCUGACACCUGUGUUGGACAACUUAGUGCAGAUGAUUCAAGAUGAAGAAUCGCCCCUGCAGUCCUUGUCCCUGGCCGACUCAAAACUCAAGACCGAGGUCACCAUCCUCAUCAAUGCCCUGGGAAGCAACACCUCUCUGACCAAAGUGGACAUCAGUGGGAACGGGAUGGGGGACAUGGGAGCGAAGAUGCUGGCCAAAGCCCUGCAGAUCAACACCAAGCUCAGGACUGUCAUAUGGGACAAGAACAACAUUACCGCACAAGGCUUUCAGGAUAUAGCUGUUGCUAUGGAAAAGAACUAUACAUUGAGAUUUAUGCCGAUCCCUAUGUAUGAUGCUUCUCAAGCCCUAAAAACAAACCCUGAAAAAACAGAAGAGGCUCUGCAAAAGAUCGAAAACUAUCUGCUCCGGAAUCACGAGACCCGAAAAUACCUGCAAGAGCAGGCCUACCGCCUGCAGCAGGGCAUUGUCACCAGCACCACGCAGCAGAUGAUUGACAGAAUAUGUGUGAAAGUACAGGACCAUCUCAACUCUUUACGAAAUUGUGCAGGAGACGCUGUCCAGGAAGACUUAAAGUCAGCAGAAAGGCUCAUGCGUGAUGCGAAGAACUCUAAAACGUUGUUACCAAACUUAUACCAUGUCGGUGGUACGUCUUGGGCAGGAACCAGUGGCUUGUUAUCCGGUCCCAUUCAAGAGACCCUGGAAUCAAUGGCUGGGGAAGUGACAAGAGUUGUAGAUGAACAACUGAAGGUGUUGCUUGAGUCCAUGGUCGAUGCCGCCGAGGACCUUUGUCCCAACGUGAUGAAGAAAGCCCACAUUCGACAAGACUUGAUUCAUGCCAGCACUGAAAAGAUUUCCAUCCCACGUACCUUUGUGAAAAAUGUCCUGUUGGAGCAGUCUGGAAUUGACAUCCUUAACAAAAUUAGUGAAGUGAAGCUGACAGUGGCCUCCUUCCUGUCUGAUCGGAUUGUGGAUGAAAUCCUGGAUGCACUAUCACACUGCCAUCAUAAACUGGCUGACCAUUUCAGCAGACGGGGCAAGACCCUUGCUCAGCCAGAGACCUUAGAGAUUGAGCUGGCUGAGGAGAAGCCAACUAAGCGCUCUGUCAUGACGGUGGAGGAACUCACGGAGAUGGAGCGUUUGGAAGAUCUGGAUACUUGUAUGAUGACCCCUAAGUCCAAAAGGAAGAGUAUCCAUAGCCGGAUGCUGCGACCUGUUUCCAGAGCCUUCGAGAUGGAGUUUGAUCUCGAUAAAGCGCUGGAGGAGGUGCCCAUUCACAUCGAGGACCCGCCUUUCCCUUCCGCCCGACAGGAGAAGCGGAGCUCGGGGUUUAUCUCCGAGCUGCCUUCCGAGGAGGGGAAGAAGCUGGAGCACUUUACCAAGUUAAGGCCAAAGCGGAAUAAGAAGCAGCAGCCUACCCAGGCGGCGGUCUGUGCCGCUAGCGUCGUCCCCCAAGACGGUGAGCAGAACGGCCUUAUGGGGAGAGUGGACGAAGGUGUGGAUGAAUUUUUCACCAAGAAGGUGACCAAAAUGGAUUCCAAGAGAUCAUCAGCAAGAGGCUCAGAGUCCCACGAGCUUAGCGAAGGAGGAGAUGAAAAGAAAAAGCGAGACUCUCGGAGAAGCGGCUUUCUCAAUUUAAUCAAAUCUCGGUCCAAAUCUGAGCGGCCACCCGUGGUCUUGACGACGGAUGAACCAUCUUCACCAAAGGGGGCCAUCAGAAGUCCGGCCACAGACACCCCCAGGAAGGACGCAAAGCCCGCAGAGCACAAUGGCAGUUCGGAGCGGACAGAGGAGAUAAAAACCCCCGACUCCCUUGAGGAAGGUCAAGGGGAAGACGUGGGCAAGGUGGAGCGGAGUGACAGCAAGAGGAGUCCGCAGGGCGGGCGGAGGUACGGCGUCCAGGUGAUGGGCAGUGGUCUGCUGGCAGAGAUGAAGGCCAAGCAGGAGAGGAGAAGCCGCUUCGGUUUGGGAACACCCGAAAAGAAUGCCAAAGCGGAGCCCAAAGUGGAUGCUGGCUCCAGGUCGCGGGGCUCUUCCAGCACACCGACCAGCCCGAAGCCCCUCCUGCAGUCCCCCAAACCCAGCCUGGCAGCGCGGCCCACCGUCCCACAGAAACCGAGAACCGCCUCGAGGCCCGAGGAUAUUCCAGACUCUCCAUCCAGCCCUGGCUCCUGUAAAGUGGCUCUUCUUCCGCCUGUCCUGAAGAAAGUUCCAUCGGACAAGGAGAGAGAUGGCCAGAGUAGCCCCCAGCCCAGUCCCAGGACAUUUUCCCAGGAAGUUUCGAGGAAGAGCUGGGGCCAGCAGGCCCAGGAAUAUCAAGAACAGAAGCAAUGGUCCUCCAGUAAAGAUGGCCACCAAGGCAGCAAGUCCAGCGACUCUGGGGAAGAAGCAGAAAAAGAGUUUAUUUUUGUGUAAAGGUCCCCCGUGCAGACGGCACAGGGUGCUCCGUUAGCCAUUAGAGAGGAACCAAGGGCAACACCUCUUCUGACUUCCAGUGCUCUUCUCUUGGUGCUUUUUUCUUUUCUUUCUCCUCCUUUCUUUACUUAUUUUUUGAAAACAGAAACAGACCCAUUUUUGGGGUGGGGGGAAUCCAAACACACUUGUUUGGUCUUCUCCCCACCCUGGGCAUUUGAGUUUGAAGCAUUCCUUCUAUGCCUUCAGUGAAUGCCAGUGACUCUCCAUGUGUCCUACUUGAAUUUUCUGAGGCAGCUACAGUUUGCCCUGCAAGAUGAGUUUUGGGAGGUGAACAAAGCAACUGGACACAUAACUCACACACGUAAUACCAUCGGCUGACCGUGGGGCUCCACUGUGGGUACCCGUGUCACAUCUGCACUUGACUUGAUAGAGCGAUUUAUUCUUGAUGUAUGCAAUUGCACAUUGUAAGUAUAUUAACAGAGCACACUAAUAAAUAAUUUGUAUAAAUUAUAUAUAUUAGAUCUCGGCUAUGGUUUUUACAUUCUCCCAUGGGGAACUUCUUCCUUCCUGAUGUGGAAUUGUACAUUUAAAUUUGGUCGGUGACCUUUGUAGGACCAUCAGUAAGCACAGUGAAGAACAGAGUGAAAGAGGCCCACGGCUGAUGCUGCCAUGUGCCCGGGUCAAUGUACAUAGUUGAUUGGAAUGAAGUUUUAUGAAUAUUCGUGAUUUUCAAAGGCCUUUAAUUUUCUGUCUGCAUAUUAGCUUUUAAUGUAUGAUUUGAAGAAAGAAUACUUUGACACCUGUAAAAAAAUCAAAACACUACUCUUUUUAAGACAUUUCAUAAGUACUCACAUUACAGGCUGAGGUAUUUUAUUCAUAUGUAUAUUUAUACCAAUAAAAUGGUUUUACAAGUGGAA